AUGGCCCCCGCCGACCCCCCCUCCUUCAUAAGCACAACAACAAUCCUCUCCCUCCUCUCAACCGUCUUCAUCCUCGCCCUCGCCUACCUAACCUCCCUCCUCGCCCUCCCCAAAACCUCAACCCCCACAAAAACCCGCCUCCUCUUCAUCUGGCACGCCUUCGACGCCCUAAUCCACCUCAUCCUCGAAGGCGGCUACCUAUACAACUGCUUCUUCAGCUACCGCACCCUCACAACCCCCGACCUCCAAACCUCCGCCUACCUCCCCCCAAAAAUCUACUUCCUCGGCCGCCGCGACAGAAUCUACGGCUCCGAAUACGGAACCAACGCGCUCGCGAAAUUAUGGAUGGAAUACGCGAAAGCUGAUGCCAGGUGGGGAGGCAGUGAUUUGACGAUUGUGAGUUUGGAGAUUUUGACGGUGUUUGUGAUGGCGCCGUUGGGGGUGUAUGUUUGUGAUUUGUUGCGGAAGAAGGGGAGGGAGAAAGAGGCGUAUUUUUGGAUGGUUGUGGUGGCGACGGGGGAGUUGUAUGGGGGCUUUAUGACUUUUGCGCCCGAGUGGUUGACGGGGAAUCCGAAUUUGGAUGCGAGUAAUUGGAUGUAUCUUUGGUUAUAUUUGGUAUUUUUCAAUGCGGCGCUUUGGGUCUUGAUACCGUUGUGGGUCAUAUAUGAGGCGCAUGGGCAGUUGAGUGGGAGGGCAAAGACUGGGGUGGGAAAGAAAGUUGAAUAG